AUGUCCUCUCGAAGGAUCAUAUCGUCGGAGAAGACCAUUCUCGAGAAGGAUGAUGCUGUUGGCGCCAGCCCGGCGGCAAGCCAGCAGUCAAACAUAGCUCCGGCCGUGCCCGCGGAUGUCAUCAUUAAACUAUUGGCUUUCACCUUUGCCAUGAUCAUCAUCCCCAUCGGGUCAUACUUUGCCUCUGUCAACACAAUUUUCAAAGGCAACUCAACAUUCGCGGGUGCGCUUGCGGCCGUCAUGGCCAACGCCGUGCUCAUCGGCUAUGUUAUCGUCGCCAUGAGAGAAGACCAGUCGGACCGUGAGGCACAAGGCAAGAAGACGGACACCAAGAAAGACCGCUGA